AGCUAACUCCUUCGCCCAGAAGCCAUCAACUGUCCACAGCUCCUUGGGGAGUGGUGGGGACUCAUGGACUCCUUUCCUACUCCGUGCUGGAAUGUUGGACUGGCUUGAUUGUGCUCAGGCAGAUGCUGUGUGUUCAUGAGUACAGAUGUCCCAUCACAUCCAGAAGACUCAGAUCCCUUCUGGGCAUCCCUGAGGACCUCUGGCUCUUACAGUCUUUCCACCCUGGCUUCCAAGAUGGUCCCUGAACCUUGAGGGUGUGUAGUGGGUAGCUGUUCUGUCUAUGACCUUGAAGCACCUAAAGAUGCAGCAGUUAACUGCUCCACCUGACUAUGACCUUGAAGUACAUUCCCCCGGGGCACGGCCUCUCUGACCCUUACGACCUGGGAUGCACUAGAACACAUCCUGAGAGGCUGGAGAUGGAGAUCAGUGGACAGAGCGCUCACCUAGUACUCACAAAGCCCUGGGUUCUAUUCCCAGCACCACAUAAGGCAGGUGUGGUGGGUAUACACCUGCGAUCCCCGCACCAAGAGGCACUCGUAUGGCAGAGGCGACAGCGUUGUGUCUGGUUUAAGCAGGCGAGUUCUUCAAAGCCAGACGGUGGGCAAGUAUGAAGCCCAGGCGUAGAAAGAUAGCCACAAGGCAAUGGACCAAGAGUGCUGUGGCCCACCGCACUAGGUCUACAGCCAUAAGGAAGAUGACUCCGAAAAAGAGGGGCAGGCCACCUCUCCAGAAUCAGAAGAGAGACAAGCCUUCCCAGGCCCUGGAGAACAUUGUCGGCUGCAGAAUUUCUCAUGGAUGGAAAGAAGGUAAUGAGCCAGUCACCCACUGGAAGGCCAUUGUUCUAGAUCAACUGCCAACAAACCCCUCUCUCUAUUUGGUGAAGUACGAUGGAAUUGAUUGUGUCUACGGACUGGAGCUUCACAGCGACCAAAGGAUUUUACAGCUUAAGAUCCUGCCUCAGAAAGUGUCAUUCCCUCAAGUGAGAGGCAUCCACCUCGCAAGCACCAUAGUUGGCAGAGCAGUGGAGCAUGAAUUUGAGGGCAAAAAUGGCUCUCAGGAUGAGUGGAGGGGGGUGGUCCUAGCUCAGGUGCCCAUCACCAAGGCCUGGUUUUACAUUACCUAUGAGAGAGAUCCGGUCCUAUACAUGUACCCACUCCUGGAUGAUUACAUUGACGGUAACCUCCACAUCAUACCCGAGUGUCCACAGGCAGAGGUGAUGUCAGAAGCAGACAGCAAUGUCUUGAUAGGUCAAUAUGUGCGGUACUCCAAAGGUGAUGGAACCAAAAAGAUUGGCAGGAUCAUUCACCAAGUUCUAGCCGAACCUCCCACGCAUUUCAUCAAGUUCGAUGAUGACACCCAUAUCUACGUCUAUGAUUUGGGGGAAAAAAGAUCCUUUAAAGUGAAAUUCACAAAGUGUGGGGAGGAAGACAUAUGACUUACAGAAUUGAAGAGAAAAAAAUGUUUGUUGUUGUGUUUGCUUCUUUACUUGUUUGUUUUUCAGUGUGUUAGAUACCUCAGGGUCUCUGAUGACCCCAGUAUCUUUCCCAAUGGCAUUUGUUUUGCUCUAAGCAUA